GCAAACUCCGAAGUAGAACGUUUUAACCGAACUGUAGAAAAAGCAAUACGUGCAGCGAACGUCGAAGGGAAAAAUUGGAAAGAAGAACUUGAUGUUUUCCUACUGAAUUAUUGUUCAACUCCCCACUGUACAACCGGGAAACCACCUGCAGUUCUCCUUUUUGGCCGUAACAUUAGAAAUAAAAUAUCCGUGCCACCAGCAUCGACACCAGCUGAUGACAUACCAGUAACAGUUCGUCAACAUGAUCGCGAAAGAAAAGAGAAAAUAAAGUCUUACGCUGAUGACCACAACCGAGCUUCAUCGUUCUCCGUCAGCCUCGGCAAACAAAAUUGUCGACGACCUAUGAUCCGAAGCCGUACAUUGUCGAAGAAAAGAAAGGGCCCAGUGUGCUACUGUAACGACCCUUUGAACGACAGAUUAUGA